ACACCAGUAGCUACACAUUAAUUCUAUCAAAUUAUAAUACAAAUAUAUAUGUACUUAUAUAUUUGUUAUAACAUUUUAAAAUAAUUUAACAAAAUGUUACUUUGUAAUUAAGUUUUUUUUUAAAUUUCCCGCUGAGAAAAUUAAAAAUUUUUUUUAUCAAAAAAAUAAGAGUUGCGUUAGAGCACAGAGAUCUAGCAGCAGAAGCUAAACCAGAAGCAUCAAGUUGACUAGUUUAUUGAGCUAACGUUAUUUCCGGAAUUUAUAGCGAUUAUUGUAAUUGAUAUUGAUAAUGACAGCUAAGGAAGUAGUCAUUGUGUCUGCUGCUAGAACACCAAUUGGAUCAUUUUGUGGCAGCUUAUCAUCGCUUAAAGCAUCUGAUUUGGGAAGUGUUGUGAUAAAAGAAAGUUUAUCAAGGGCUAAUUUAAAGCCUUGCGAUGUUUCGGAAGUUAUUUUUGGUCAAGCAUUGCCAGCGGGACAAGGUCAGAACCCUGCGCGUCAAGCGGCUAUGAAAGCUGGUAUUCCAAUAGCUGUACCAGCAUAUUUAAUAAAUAUGCUUUGUGGCUCUGGUCUCAAAUCAGUAGCGAAUGGAUACUUGGCUAUUAAAGCUGGUGAGUGUCAAGUUGUUGUUGCCGGAGGACAAGAAAGCAUGAGCCAGGCACCUCAUGUUAUUCAUUUGAGAAACGGUAUUAAAUUGGGUGACGCUACAAUGAUUGAUACUAUGACAUUUGACGGCUUAACGGAUGCAUUCACUGGAAUACAUAUGGGAGUUACAGCUGAAAAUAUUGCUAAAAGAUUUACUAUAAGUCGUGAAGAGCAGGAUAAUUAUGCGGCAAAGUCGCAACAAAGAGCAGAAGCUGCAAUAGCAGCUGGGUAUUUUAAGAAAGAAAUUGUUGCUGUUGAAAUUACGGAUAGAAAAAAAUCUAUUGUUAUUUCGGAAGAUGAGUAUCCGAAAGCUGGAACGACUGUUGAUGCUCUUGGAAAAUUACGCCCAGUAUUUGAUAAAUCAGAGGGAACAGUAACUGCUGGUAAUGCGUCAGGAAUAAAUGACGGUGCUGCAGCAGUAGUGCUUAUGUCAGCAGAAGCUGCUAAAGCAAAGGGAAUUCCAUCGUUAGCACGAAUCGUCGCUAUCGCUCAGGCAGGCAUUGAACCAGAUGUCAUGGGACUUGGUCCUAUACCAGCUGUUGAACUGGUCUUGAAAAAAGCCAACUGGAAAAAAGAUCAAGUUGAUUUGUAUGAAUUAAAUGAAGCGUUUGCUGUUCAAUCGAUUGCUUGUUUAAACGAGUUAGGACUAGAUCCUGAAAAAGUUAAUAUUAAUGGCGGCGCUAUUGCUCUAGGACAUCCUCUUGGUGCUUCUGGAACAAGGAUUUUGGUAACGCUCUUAUAUUUACUAGAAAGAACUGGAGGUAAAAAAGGUGUCGCUUCAUUGUGCAUAGGAGGUGGAAUGGGUAUUGCAAUAGCUCUCGAAAGAGACUAAUAAGUAUUUAAUAUUUAAAUAAUUGUAUUAAAGAAAAAACAAAAAGUUUUUUAACUUUGCUAAGCCUUAAUUGUAUUACAUUUUAUCAGCAUUGAAUGCUGGCUGUUGAUUUUCGUUACGCUCCGAGUAUUUUAUCUUUUAUAUUAUAAUAUAUAUACAUCAUUGGAGGCCUUAAUGUAAUUAAACUCACUAGUUAAUUAGCACUACGUGUAUUCAAAAGAAAAUGUUUAACUAAAAUUUCAAUGAAAUAUUUAUAACAGUACAGUAUUUUAUAUAAAAAUUACUACCGUUGUGUAUUUUUAUACAAAAAAAGUUAAUAAAUAUAAAAAUAUUAAAUCGUUAAGAUAUUAA